AUGGGGACCGCACUUGUGUACCACGAGGACAUGACAGCCGCCCGGCUGCUCUGGGACGACCCUGAGUGUGAGAUCGAGUGUCCUGAGCGCCUGACCACUGCCUUGGAGCACCUGCAGCAGCAAGGUCUGGAGCAAAGGUGUCUGCGGCUGGCAGCCCGCGAGGCCUCAGAGGCGGAGCUGGGCCUGGUGCACAGCCCCGAGUAUGUGGCGCUGUUGCGGGGGACCCAGGCCUUGGGCACCGGGGAGCUCCAGGCCCUGUCCAAGCAGUACGAUGCUGUCUACCUCCAUCCGAGUACCUUCCACUGUGCCCGGCUGGCCGCGGGGGCUGCGCUGCAGCUGGUGGACGCGGUGCUGACGGGAGCUGUGCGCAACGGGCUCGCCCUGGUGAGGCCUCCUGGACACCACAGCCAGAGGGCUACUGCCAACGGAUUCUGCAUGUUCAACAACGUGGCCAUAGCAGCCAAACACGCCCAGCAGCAGCACAGGUUGCGCAGGGUCCUCAUCGUUGACUGGGAUGUCCAUCAUGGUCAGGGCAUCCAGUAUAUCUUCGAGGAUGACCCCAGCGUCCUUUACUUCUCCUGGCACCGCUACGAGCACGGACACUUCUGGCCGCAUCUGCGGGAGUCAGACGCCGAUGUCGUCGGACGGGGGCGGGGCCUUGGCUUCACUGUUAACCUGCCCUGGAACCAGGUCGGGAUGGGAAAUGCUGAUUAUGUGGCCGCCUUCCUGCACGUGCUGCUGCCCCUGGCCUUUGAGUUCGACCCUGAACUGGUCCUAGUCUCUGCAGGAUUCGACUCAGCCAUCGGCGAUCCAGAGGGACAGAUGCUGGCCACGCCGGAGUGCUUCGCCCACCUCACGCAGCUGCUGCAGGUGCUGGCUGGCGGCCGGGUCUGCGCCGUGCUGGAGGGUGGUUACCACCUGGAGUCCCUCUCCCAGUCUGUGUGCAUGACGGUGCGAGCGCUGCUGGGCGACCCUGCCCUGCCCUUGUCAGGGCCCAUGGAGCCCCAUGGCAGUGCCCUGGAGUCCCUCCAGCGUGUGCGGGCAGCCCAGGCCCCUCACUGGGUGAGCCUCCAGCAGCAAGGUCAGCCUGACUUGGGUCGGCAGGUGGGAUGGCGCCUCAGGCUCCGGUCGGUGGCUGUUACUCUGAACCACCCUGUACCCCUAGGUGCCGCCCCUGUACUGAGCCCCGGCACCCCCUGCCCAGAGGGGAGGCCCUCACCGCUGCCACCGGGGGAGCCCAAAUUCAAGGCAGCAGUGACUCAGGCCGCUGAUGCUCUGAGCUUGCUCCUGGACCAGCUGCACCUCCACCCCACACCCCCUGUCCGCGUGGCUGUUGCCCUGACUGUGCCAGACGCUGGCCGGGCCCUGCCCCAGGGUGUCCUCUGUGAGGAGGGGUCACUGCCGCGGGAGGAGACGCAGGCCUGGGCCAGACCACGUGAGGCCCUGGCCCAGGACGAGGCCCUCACUGCACUCGGGAAGGUCCUGUACCUCUUGGACAGGAUCCUGGAUGGGCAGGUGAGCAGUGGCGUGGCAGCCACCCUAGCCCCUGCAGCAGCUGCCACCCUGGAUGUGGCCGUUCGGUAUGGCCUGUCCCACGGAGCCCAGAGGCUGCUGUGUGUGGCCGUGGGACAGCUGGAUCGGCCCCCAGAUCUCACCGAUGAUGGGAGGAAUCUAUGGCUGAACAUUGGGGGCAAGGAGGCAACUGCCCCGUCCACGUUCCACGUCUCUGUGCCACUGCCAGUGACAACUGGUGGGUUCCUGAGCUUUGCCCUGGCCCUGGUGCUGCCCCUGGCCUACAGCUUCCAGCCUGACCUGGUGCUGGUGGCGCUGGGGCUGGCCCAUGGCCUGCGGGACCCCCAAGCUGCACUCCUGGCUGCACUACUUCGGGGACCGGCAGGCGGCCGAGUCUUGGCCCUUGUGGAUGAGGAAUCCACACCCCAGCUUGCGACAGUCCUGGCCAGCGUGCUGAAUGGGGAGGCACCCCCUAGCCUGGGCCCCUUCUCCAUGGCCACCCCAGAGGACACGCAGGCCCUGAUGUACCUGAGACCACGGCUGGAGCCAAGGUGGAAGAUGCUGCAGGUGUCUGGACCCAGCCCGGAAGUGCCCGUGGACGCGGCCUCCAGGCUCUGCCCCUUGCGCGUGGGCCGCCGGCCCCCGGGUGACGCAGUUCCGGCGCGCUCGCGCUUGCGGUCGGGCUGGUCGCGCGGCGGUGACGCGAUGGCGGCGCUGCGCGCGCCUCCUAGGGCUGAGGGGACCCUGAGAAGGCGGGUCAGGCCGCGCGCGCCUUCCUCCGGCUGA